CCGGCGCUUUCCCCCGCCCUCCCAAUCCCCCCGUUGCCAGGGGCAACGUCGCCCCUCCCCACCGCAAAGGGCGGGAAACCGCGGCGGGAUGGAGGACAUCGGUGAGGUGCCGCGGCCGCGCAUCGCCACCGGCCACCUGGCGCAGCGCAUCGGGCAGCCCGUCUGCUUCGUGGGCCGCGUCGAGAAGAUUCAUCCUACUGGGAAGCUUUUCGUGCUUUCGGAUGGAGAAGGAAAACAUACGACUGUGGAGCUGAGCGAACCUCUAGAUGAAGAGAUCUCAGGAGUUCUUGAGGUAGUGGGAAGAGUAACAAAUCAGGCAACCAUCAUGUGCAUGUCAUAUGUCCAGUUCAGAGAAGAUAAAAGUCCAUUUGAUCUGGAACUCUACAAUGAAGCACUAAAAAUUAUUCAUGAAUUCCCUGAAUACUUCCCAUUUGGUACUGGGCGGAAGAAUUGAUUUUUCUUAGCGUAUAUUUAGAACAUAUAUAUUAGAGGGGACAACAGUACCAUAGCUUUCUUGCCUGACAGCAUGGUAACAGUUGCAUUUAUUUCCAUCAGAUAUACUGAAAAGAUGGUGUUACGUGUGCCAUGUAUUGCCAGUGAAGAAUGGUUUUCAUUUUUUCUUUAGAAAUGUAUUUAUUCAGCAAGAAGAACGCUUGUGGGCAUAUCUCACUGUCUAUAUAUAUUUAACCCUUCUGCAUCCAUGAGGAAUGUUCUUUUGCAGGACUGGACUUGCUAGAAACUGAAGUUUUGUAGGCAUCUUUUUGCUGCUGUUGGUAGAGGUUCUAGGAUACUUCACAGGAAACUCAUAUUGAAGACAUUUGGUGGGGUUAUAACGUAAAGAUUUUUUAUUUAUUUGCUUUGAUACAAAUUUAUUGAACAUGUAGGGGUAUUUUGCAUCUUGAAAAUGGUCUCUUCUCCAAUAAAAAAGAUCUGGCUACAUUUGGCUAUUCACAUAAUAUUACAUGUUAGAGUGCUGUUUUCAGUGAUACAUGGUGACUCCUGUUCUAUUUUACCUGACACAGGUAAUUUUAACAAGUGGAGUACGAGGUACUUGCUUUUUGCAUUGACAUUGAACACUUUGAAGAUGUCUAGUUAAGGCUUGU